AUGACUCGAAUUCUCAGCCCGCGUGCUGGGAUAUGGGCUCUGAUUGUGCUCGUCAUUGGAAUUUUGUACAAAGCCUAUGUGCACAACAUCAUUUUCCUCACAAUUGGCAUUGGCCGAGAGAUCCAACCUAUUGACAAUUUCCCAUGGACCUGUACUCGCCUCCAGCAUCCUCUCUUAGAAGGUUGUGAGGAUAUGUGGUUAGACGGCCAAGGACGAAAACUGUACGCAGCGUGCAAUACUGUAGACUCCAGACAGGGAUGGAGUCCCGGUGGCAGUAAAUUCAACAUCUCCGCGAGAUCCCGCACGGAUCAUAUCGCAGUGUUGAAUAUUGACCAACCUGGCUCGGACGGGCUGUAUGGUCUCCACAAGCUCAAAGUCGGUGGUUAUCUCGGCGAUCUGGAUCUCCAUGGGUUCGACGUGCGCAGUAUUGAAGGCAGACUUCGAUUCUGGGGGUUCCUUGAUGCCCGAGCUGUUGGAGCGAAUUCCACAGUUGAGAUAUUUGAUUUGGAUGGUGCCUCAGAGACACUUGAGUAUGUCAAAACCAUCGCCAGCGACGCAAUCAUCUCGCCUAACAACUUGGCCGUUGACAAGGAUGGUCUGGGGUUCGUGGUUACCAAUGACCGCAACGCCAAGGUUAGCACUAUCGCAGAGUUGGAUAUGUUGAUUGGCGGAGGAAGUCUCACCUAUUGUCGCUCUGAUACAGGGAAGUGCCAUGUCGCUGCCAACAAAGGGUUUUACUUUGCCAACGGGAUCAUCCAAGAGAACGGGCUUUACUAUGUGGCUCAUUCAGUGACUGGAAUCGUGACUGUCCACAAAUUAGUUGGCGACCAGCUGAUUCAAGUUGAUAAAAUCUCUACGGGAUAUCCAAUCGAUAAUCUGUCGCUCGACGCAGAUGGGAACCUCCUGGCUGCUGCAUUUCCGGACUCCAUUGCGUUUGUGAAGUCUAUGGAGGACCCAUAUAGGGUUGUUGCUCCUGCUACCGUUCUCGCUGUCAAUGGAAUAGCUACUCAGCUAAGAACUCACAGCGGGAAGAAUUGGGAGGUCUCGAAGCUUGUGGAGGACAGAAAUGCCAAAUGGCUUCCUAGUUCGACUGUUGUGGUGCAAGAUGUGAAAUCGCACCGGUUGUUUCUUGGGGGAGUCUUAUCGCCAUUCAUCACCAUAUGUGAGCAACAUAUUUAG